AGUUACUUAAGAAGAAGAUCAGUAAUAAGAGGCGAGAGCGAGAGAGAGAGAGAGAGAGAGAGACGGAGACUUGCAUCAUCCUUUGAAAAUGUCGUCGGAGAUGAAACAGCUGAUCGUGGUUGCGGAAGGCACUGCAGCCUUGGGUCCUUAUUGGCAAACCAUCGUCUCCGACUAUCUCCACAAAAUCAUCAGGUCUUUCUGUGGCAGUGAGUUAAAUGGAGAUAGGAACCCUGUUUCGAGUGUUGAGCUAUCACUGGUCAUCUUCAAUUCUCAUGGUUCAUAUUGUGGUUGCUUGGUACAAAGGAGUGGCUGGACAAGAGAUGUUGAUAUUUUCUUGCAUUGGCUUUCGUCCAUACAAUUCGCUGGCGGUGGUUUCAGUGAAGCCGCCACAGCCGAAGGUCUUGCCGAAGCAUUGAUGAUGUUUCCUCCUCCUCCAGGCCAAGCUCAACCAAGCAAUGAUCUUAAAAGGCACUGUAUUUUAAUCACAGCCAGCAACCCUUACUCGUUGCCAACACCUAUAUAUCGCCCAAAACUGCAAAAUGCGGAACGAAAUGAAAAUGGCGAUGCGCUACCUGAAAGCCGUUUAUCAGAUGCCGAGACAGUGGCAUCAUACUUUUCUAGGUGCUCUGUUUCUUUGUCUGUUGUGUGUCCAAAGCAGCUUCCGAAGAUUAGAGCCCUAUACAAUGCGGGAAAGCUCAAUCCACAAAGUCCGGACUUGUCAAUUGACACGGUCAAGAACACAUUCUAUCUUGUCCUGAUCUCAGAGAAUUUUGUGGAGGCACGUGCUGCCUUAAGUCAUUCUGCUACGAAUGUGCCACAGACUCAAAGCCCUGUGAAAAUGGACAGGGCCACUGUCCCUCCAUCUCUUCCAGUCACUGGGCCACCUCCAGCUUCUUUGCCAUCAGCCAAUGGACCUAUUCUUAAUCGGCAACCAGUUUCUGUUGGACCAGUUCCAACUGCUACUGUGAAAGUUGAGCCUUGCACUGUAUCUUCUAUGGCAGCAGUUCCAACUUUUCCGCAUAUCCCCUCCUCCGUAGCUCGGCCUGCUGCACAGGCAAUUCCUUCAGUUCAAACCUCUUCAGCAUCGUCAGUUUCUCAAGAAAUGGUCGCCAAUGCCGAGAAUGCACCAGAUGUUAAGCCUGUGGUUAGUGGAAUGACGCCACCACUGCGUACUGGUCCUCCUGGAAAUGUAAAUCUGCUGAAUAACCUUUCUCAAGUUCGACAAGUCAUGAGCUCUGCAGCUCUGGCGGGAGCAGCCUCGUCGGCCGGGCAAAGUGCGGUUGCAAUGCACAUGUCGAAUAUGAUAUCGACAGGAAUGGCUACAUCUCAGCCUCCUUCACAAACUGCGUUUUCAUCUGGACAGCAGGGAAACACUUCAAUGGCUGGUUCGGGUGGACUUAUGGGAAAUGCGCAAGCGGGGCAAAGCCCGGGUCCUAAUAAUUCCUUUAGUCCUCAGACAACGUCAAACGUUACUUCGAACCUUGGUGUUUCUCAACCAAUGCCAGGGAUGAACCAAGGAAGUCACUCUGGUGCACAGAUGAUGCAAGGUGGAAUUUCCAUGAACCAAAACAUGAUGACUAGUCUCGGACAAGGAAAUGUCUCAUCUGGAACAGGUGGAAUGAUGCCUACUCCAGGGGUUGGCCAACAGGCGCAAUCAGGAGUACAACAGCUUGGUGGCAGUAACAGUUCAGCUCCUAAUAUGCAGUUGUCACAGGCAUCAUCGGGGGCUCUGCAGCCUUCGCAAUCCAAAUACGUAAAAGUCUGGGAGGGAAAUUUAUCUGGGCAAAGACAAGGGCAGCCUGUUCUUAUCACCAGACUUGAGGGUUACCGAAAUGCUACUGCCUCGGAUUCGUUGGCAGCAAACUGGCCACCAACCAUGCAGAUUGUUCGUCUCAUAUCGCAGGAUCAUAUGAAUAACAAGCAAUAUGUUGGGAAAGCUGACUUCCUUGUGUUUAGAGCCAUGAAUCAGCAUGGGUUUUUAGGACAACUUCAGGAUAAGAAGCUUUGUGCAGUCAUCCAGCUGCCAUCACAGACGCUGCUUCUCUCUGUCUCUGACAAGGCUUGCCGCUUGAUUGGAAUGCUUUUUCCAGGGGUAAGUAAGCACCAAGAUAUGGUUGUGUUUAAGCCGCAAAUUACAAAUCAGCAACAGCAGCAGCAACAACAGCACCAGCAACAACAACAACAACAGCAGCAACAACAGAUCCAUCAGCAGCAGCAACAACAGCAGAUCCAGCAGCAACAACAACACCAACAGCUGCCACAACUCCAGCAGCAGCAACAUCAAUUGUCACAACUCCAACAUCAUCAGCAGCAACAGCAACAGCAGCAUCAGCUGUCACAGCUUCAACAACAUCAUCAGCAGCAGCAGACUUCGCCUCUGAAUCAGAUGCCGCAACAGACUUCACCGCUGAAUCAGAUGCCACAGCAGCAGCCUCAGCAGAUGGUUGGGUCAGGAUUAAUGGGUGGUCAAGCUUUUGCACAAGGUCCUGGAAGAUCACAACAAGGUGGUGGUGGGCAGCCUAACAUGCCAGGAGCUGGCUUCAUGGGAUGAAAUUAAAAAAAAAAUCUCUUCUUAAGGUUUCUACUUUCUGCUAAUUAGUUUGUAUCAUAUAAACAUAAAUGCUUUCUUACUUCUUGGUCUAACUCGACUUAGACGAUAUGGUUUAUAGAUUUGGUCAUUUUGGUGUUUAGUUGGUGUCUUUUCUGCCUGAAAAAUGGCAUCCUCUUGUGGGUCUGACCAUUACCGAAGCCACCAAAC